AAUACACCAUAGAGGAGUAUUGAUUGCCUGACAAAUAAAAUGACAAUCGAAAACAGCCAUCACUGUUUUGGUGUUUUGUUAUUUCCCGCCGUAAACAAAGUAUUAUUUAGUAGUUAAAUUUAUAUAAAAUUGAGUUUUUAUUUCACAAUGGGCAAAAAAACUGUUGCUGCAGUAAAUAAAAACAAAGAAAAACGACAAGCUAGAAAAUUAGAACAACGUCGUAUAGCAGAUGGCAUGUCUGUUGUGAAUUCCGCGAAUAAAUUGCAAGAUUUAGCGACGCAUUGCAAGGAACUGCUGGUAUACAGUAACCUAGACUUGGAAGUCGAUAUGUACAUACAGAAAGUCACCGAGCUGGAUAAAAAUGUACUAAAAUGGGCCAUAGACCUUACAGAGAGGAAUAUGAAAUCUUUAUAUGAAACAUGUGCAUGGGGUUGGAAUCGUGACCGCAAGGUUGAAGAAAUGACAGAAGACCAUGCAUGGUACCUCAUAGCCAAAAAGAAAAACGGCUCACCCCUAGCGUUCUCCCACUUCAGAUUUGACAUGGACUUUGGAGAGCCUGUAUUGUACUGGUAAUUUAAAAAAAAUUAUAAC